AUAUUUAAUAGAAGUGACGCAAAGAGACGAUGUGACUUUUUUAUAGUAACAUGUUUAAUUGUGUCCACGAUCAUUCAGGUUUUUAAAUCGGACUUAAAGAAGGUGGAUGUAGCACACCUGAAGCAACACGACGGGUUCGACCGGGAGGGAAAACGAGCAAUUCGGAGGAAAUUCUUCAUCAGUUUGUGUAAAAUUAGCAAUCCUCGUAGUUGAUUUCAUCUUAAGCGAGACUGAACAGCAUCAGCUUUAAUUUCAUGAUGAAGAGCAGAUGUGGCCAAACGGCUCCGUGCCCUCUGAUGUUUUGACUUUAUUAGCCUCAGGCUGAACAUGUGGAAAAGCAGGGAUCGUCAGAUUCAUGCCACAUGUGAUUCUUUGAUGGGGUUAGGUUAAAAAAAGUUUUUUCCAUCUCAUGUUGGAAUGAAUGGCAGCGACAGAAGAGUGGAUUCAUGUCCGGAGCUCCAGCCGUGCCUUGCUGAUAUUUAACCACACAAAUAAAACCUGAAGAUGAUUUCUGUGUCUUUUCUCUCCGUCUUUUCCUUUUAGGGGUUUUGUUUGCAUCCAAGGAGAGUUCAGCUGUUUAAACAGGGAAACAAAAUAUUUUAAUGUUAGUUUGAUCUAAUGUAUUCUUUAGGUUUUAGUAAGGUGUAAAAUGUUCUCGGAUGGUUUAUUUUUUCAAGUGCUAACAGAACCAGACUUUGUUUUCUUCCUCUACUUUUCUACAGAAGCAAAAGUUCAUCCCUGCCUCUUCUUUAAGUACCGGUCAGAGUGAUUUUAAUGGGUUCACUCAGUGAAUUGUUGGUGAUCCGAGGUUGUUGGCACGAGUCCCGUUUGGACCAGAUGCUGCAGCUCCCCCCCACCUGCCCCCGGUUUGACCCCAGUUCCUCUGGUGUUGCUCAACUCUCAAAUCCUGCAACACGUCAAGCUUUAAACACAUAAACCAGAUGUGCUGUCAAAGUAAAAGUUUGGAGUGGACGGUUUGACCUUUCAGUGGUUGCUGGCUCUUUUAAUUCGAGACUGAUGUCAUUUUUUUACUUUUAGAUAACACUUUAACUAGAUGAGCUGAGAUGCAAGUUAAGCCUAAUUUAUAAUUCUCCGUCCAUCUGCGUCGGUGGGGAGACACACAACGCCGUUGUGUGUCGGAAACAGCUCUCCGACGGGCUCGCAGAGGGAAACGGGGGAGUCCGAGAGCAAUGUCUCUGCCAAUUCGUGUCUCUUCCUCGCGAAGCCGAUGGAGAAGUAUAAAUCAGACAAACGCGCUUCAAAGCUACUUUAGUUUGAAGGGCUAUACCGGAAAUGCUGUUUUCCGGUUGCGUUAGCUUCACGGUUCUUAUGCAGCACGUCUUCCGUCCGCAUCUCCUCACACCUGACGCUCAUCUGGGGCUUUGUCGUGUCUAACUCGGAUAUGUUUACAAGAGGAUGGCCCAGAUGGUCGGUGGCUCUGCUGGCCGUGGCUCUUGCAGUCUACUGGCUUCCAUCUCCCAUCAACCCCAAACCACACAACCUGAAAGGACCUCCUCCAGCUCUGGUGGGGCUGCUGGCUGUUAACACCCAGCUGCAGAGGGGCCGCCGGCUGUUUGCGGGGAAACUUCAUGGACCAGAGUCCUUCACCGCUGAUGACAAUGGUAACGUUUACACCGGAACAGUCGACGGGAAGCUGUGGAGGAUCGGUCCUGAUGACAGCCUCACCCUCGUCACACACAUGGGUCAGAACCUCCCAGAGUGUGGCAGCAGCACGGACUACGAGCUCGUGUGUGGUCGUCCUCACGGGGUCCGCUUGGAUCGCCACGGUCAGCUGAUUGUUGCCGACUCUUACUUCGGCCUGUACCGCGUCGACCCGAGGACGGGAGAGAAGACCCGACUGGUGGCGAACACGGAGGGAGCUCGUGGCGUUCCCUUUGCCUUCCUAAACGGCCUGGAGAUUUCCUCCCAAGCUGGAAUAAUUUACUUCACCGACUCGUCAAGUCGCUGGGGACGCAGACACGUCCGACUGGAGGUGUUGGAGCUGAACAACCUCGGACGUCUUCUGUCCUACGACCCUCGGACCAGAGUUGUGACGGUGCUGCUGGAGUCCCUCUACAUGCCCAACGGCAUCGCCCUGUCUCCUGAUGAGAGCUUCCUGCUGCUGGCUGAGACCAGCAUCGCCCGCAUCCUGAGGUACUGGCUCAAGGGCCCGAAGGCUGGCACCAAGGAGGUCAUCCUGGACAACAUGAUUGGUUACCCUGACAACAUCCGCCUAAGUGACCAUGGGACAUUCUUGGUCGGCAUAACAACUCCCCGCUUCCAGAAACUUCUGCCUCCUUUCCUGGAUAUGCUUGCUCCUUACCCAAAAGUUAAAAGCUUCCUGGUGAAGGUGAUGCCUCUGAGCUGGUUUAACCUCCUGCUGCCGUACUACGGCCUGGUUCUGGAGCUGGGACCAAACGGAGAGAUCGUCAGAACCCUUCAUGACCCCGAGGGCCGUCUGACGUGGGCCGUCAGCGACGUCUUCCAGCACAGAGGGAGAACCUACCUGGGCAGCACUGACCUACCAUUUCUACCCGUCCUGGAGGGCUGGUGAUGUAGCGCUGCUGUGUGAGCUCGGAAACGGUCCGAUUUUAAAAAUGUUUCCAUUUGGAAAGCUCGUGACCAUAGGUGAAGGUAGGAACGUAGAUCGACCGGUAAACAGAGAGCUUCGCCUUCUGACUCCGCCCUCUGAUGGGUAUUUCCAGAGGUUAAUGGUAAAAAUUACACAUUGUCACUUUUAAUUUGAACUAAUAUAUAAAAUUAACUUUUCUGCAAAGAAAGCUAAACAGAGGACUUGGUAUAUAAAGAGUUGAGUAGUCUCAGCUCUUAGUAAAUAUUUCUUGUUAUCUUCUGUUCUUGUGAUAGUUUUGAUUCGAGGCUGAAAUUUUCAUUAGCAAAUACGUAUUUUAGACGUUAAACCUUAAGAGCUGAUGAAAGAUGGAAACAUGUUGAAAUCUUUAUUUGGACACAAACACCAAAAAUACAUCAUUAAAAUCUAUUCUGAAAAUAAAACACCAGAUUUGAAAGUGCAUUAGUGACGAGAAACAACAUCCUGGUUUACAAAAACAAGUUGGACACAAAGAUUUGAAUGUUUUAAUUAUAGAGCAGCAGCAGGAAACCUAAACUCUGGACAUGACAACACAUAGGCUGAAAUCAAAACA